AUGCGAGAAUCUCAUUCAUCGAAUGUACAGAGCAAGAUAAUUAAUAUAAAAUAUUUUUUUAUUUUAGGAUCCCUGGACACCGAUGAGUUAUCCCUGGAUCCAUCAGGCAGUCCUUGUCGCAGCCUCACCAGCCCUCAUUCGCAGCAGAAACAAGAAGCACCUGAUGGCCAGAGUCUCUGUGGUAGUCCGACUACGCAGCAUGAAGAGGAAGAAAGCAAUAAUAGUAGUAUUACAAUGUACCCGCAUCACCCUUCGCACCCUGCUCACCCGCGGCCGUAUCGGGGCACGUUUACGACAUCACCCAGCCCUAUGCCUGCACAACCGGGAACGACAACAAGUUCAGGAUUUUCUCCACCAUCAUCAGGCCUGCACUGGACAUUGCCUAGUCCGGACAAAAAUAUGUUUCAACCAAUGUUCCAGCUACUCACGCAGCCGACACAUCCCCAUUCACACCCGUCAGCGCAACAGCCGCAUUACACGACGUCCGCUGCACCGUCGCCUGCAGGAACACACUAUGACGAACGAUCGCACCAGGAACUUUUAGGUUUAGGCACAGGUAUGGAAUGCCAUAAACAACCACCCGCAUACUCAACGUGCGGCAUCGAAGCACAAAAUGACAUGAAUUACCGCCAGCCGCUUUCUGCGAAGUAUCAGUGGCUUGAUAACGCAGCGCAGAUCGAUUAUUGCAGUCCACAAUCCACAACCCCUGUUAGCACCGGUUUAGUAUUAAAGCAAGAGCCAUUUACCAGUGUCGGAGAAACGCACACGCAACAACUCGGCACAGGAACAAAUUAUGCGGUACAACUCGCAGAAUAUAAUCCGUCGACGAGUAAAGGACACGAAAUAUUGUCUCAAGUUUACCAACAAUCGGCGGUACCGCUUAAAUUAGUUCCAGUUAAACCACGGAAAUAUCCAAAUAGACCGAGUAAAACGCCCGUACAUGAAAGACCAUACGCCUGCCCUGUUGAAAAUUGUGAUCGGAGGUUUUCACGAUCAGAUGAAUUGACAAGGCAUAUUCGGAUACACACGGGUCAAAAACCAUUUCAAUGUCGAAUUUGUAUGCGGUCAUUCUCACGAUCGGAUCAUUUGACGACACAUAUUCGAACGCAUACGGGUGAAAAACCAUUUUCAUGUGACAUAUGCGGUCGAAAAUUUGCGCGAUCUGAUGAGAAGAAAAGGCAUGCAAAGGUGCACCUUAAGCAACGGCAGAAAAAAGAGAAUAAACAGUCGCAGAAUCAUCAUGCACAACAAGAAUUACCUGUGUCAUCUGGUGUGAAUGGAGGGAUGAACUCUAUGUGUUCGCCGGCUAUCUGUGAUUCCCCACCCGUGGCUGAACUUUGAGUGACUCGUGAAAAUGUGGUUUCAA